UGGAUUUUUUAAAUUUUAAAAAUUUUAAUUUUUAAAAAAAUUUAAUUUUUUUUAUUUGGGUGGGUGUAGAUGAGUAGGGAGGUACACGUGUGAGUUCUGAGGACAACUCAUAGGAGUCCAUUCUCUCCUAAGUCAUAAGACUUAGUAGUAAGCACCUUUAUCUAGCAAACACCCUUACCUGCUGAACCAUCUCACUGGCUCAAAUUUGAUUAUUUUUAUAUUUUACGAAGAAGUGCAACAACAUUGGUUUUGUUGUUGUUGUUGCUGCUGCUGCUGUUGUGUGUGUGCGUGCGUGCGUGGGCAAGUUUGAUUAUUGAUAGAAGUAUCACUAGGUCACAGUUCAGGGCUAUGAGGACUGGCUAGGACCGGUUAGAAAGAUAAAGCAUCUCUCAGAUAAGACAUUGUGAAAAGGUGCAAGAGUAGAAAUAAGACACUUAUAGGCACAUUUGAUUGGAAGACAAAAAUUUUAAUAAUUUUUAAAAGAUUUUAUUUAUUUACUGUAUGCACGUGAGUACACUGUGGCUUUCUUCAGACACAACAGAAGAGGGCAUCAGAUCCCAUUACAGAUGGUUGUGAGCCACCAUGUGGUUGCUAGAAAUUGAACUCAGAGGACCUUGGCAAGAGCAAUCAGUGCUCUUAAUCACUGAGCCAUCUCUCCAGCCCUAGAUAAAAUUUUUAAAUGAAGUUAGUAAUCAGGUUGGGAAGUCUGUAUUUGAAGUAAUAUAUAUUAAAAAAAAAAAACGGAAAAAAAUCACUGGUCAGCUCUUAAGAACGAAAUACUUUUAAGAGGAUACGUGAGCAGAUCAACAAAUGGAAAAAGUCUCAAGUGUGGAAAAAUGGCGACUGUGAAAAUAAACCUCAAGUAAUCAGUUAAAAAAUAUCUACAGAACAUAUAAGAAUUUGAGGAGUAGUAAGGAAGGUAAAAUACUUUCUAAAAUUAUUACAGACUUUCCAGACCAGAUAACCCAGAUAAAUAGGAAUCCUGAAAGCUCGGUGUAUGUUAGAAAUACCUGUCCACAUAAUUAAUGGAGACCAGCCAAAUAACAAAAUGCUGGGCGCUUGUUUACAGUUAAGAAUUUUACAACCAAUGGGCAGUUUAACCAUCGUCAGUGUGGACCGGGAGAAAAUGUUGGGGUCUCCGGCCUAGAGACCAGGGGAAACCUUACAGGACCUGUCACAAGCUGGUCCAGGGUGCUGAGGUGUCCUCACGGUGGCCCUGCUCUGGGCCAAGGCCAACGUCACCAGCCUCUACGCUCCCUGGCCUGGGAAACCAUCCCAGACAAGGUAGGGCUCGGCCUUGGACUCACCCAAGUUAUUCAUAAACCCGCAGGAGGCGGCGCGCGAUUGAAGCCUAGGGAAGGUCGGCAAAGCCCAGACCCAGGGAGCGCGUGCGCACUACGCAACCGGAAAGACUCCGUGGAGGGCCGCGACAUUUAGGGAGCGUCUGCAAAGACCAGGAAAGGAAGCCAGGGGUCGUCUAACAAGACCGCCGCGGGCCGCAGCCAAUUCCAGUCCGCUACGACUUAACGCCCCCCCUUGGGUUAAGAAAUUUCUCCAGCCCACCCAUCAAUCACCGGUCUCAGCUGUCCAAUCAGCGGACCAAGGGGGCGGAACAUCGAGGAGCGUCGAGUGACGUCAUCAGGCCUGGCAGUCAGAGGCGUGACGGACGAGGCUCGCGACUUAGGAGCUGUUAGCCGGCGCGGCAGCGGUAGGCAGUGUAAACAGGGCCUCGCCCCUGCGGGUCCUGCGACGGCUCCUGGCUGGUGAGUGACCUCGCGUGGGGCGGUAACCGCCAGACGCCGGGGGAGGUGCUUCUCCACUUUCCCUCCCCCUGUUGUACACACCCCCGGCGCACCACGUGGGUGUGAAGCUAAACUGGAGGGGGUGUUAGGCUGACUUCUAACCUCAUUGGCUGUUGCUGCUGCCGGCUCUCAAGAAAUUGCUCUGAUUGGUCAGCAGAAGGGGGCGUCGGGGGUCUGAGUUCUAACGCUUCUGGUUGGUUGUGUGAGAUAAGCUAGUGAAGUGCGUUCUUCCGCAAGGGGUUUUGAUUGGUCAGUCGGAGAGGUUAUCUGGGAUUCGGCCACCCUGGGCCGGGGACUUUGAUAGGAUUGAGGAAGGUUUAUGUUCCCGAAACCUUGGGAGCUGUCAUAGCUAAAGAGAAGGAAAUCUCAGUCUCCUAGAGGGGUCACCCCUCUAAAGAUAGCUUCUGCCCCGUUUCUGGAAACCCUGAUAUUUCUAGAGCAGGAUUUGCUUUCACCAAACCCAAUUUGGAGACAGGAGAAGUCCCUGCACAGGAUAUAAGGAUGCUGUAACCAGAACAUGGGAUCACGGAACAGCAGCAGCGCAGGAUCCGGGUCCUUAGAACCCUCCGAGGGCUUGUCCCGAAGAGGGGCUGGCCUGCGUCGUAGUGAGGAAGAAGAAGAAGAGGAUGAAGAUGUGGAUCUGGCCCAGGUACUGGCCUAUCUCCUCCGCAGAGGCCAAGUGAGGUUGGUGCAAGGUGGAGGUGCAGCAAAUUUACAACUCAUCCAGGCCCUCUCAGACUCAGAGGAAGAGCAUGACAGUGCCUGGGACGGUCGCCUUGGAGAUCGAUACAACCCACCUGUGGAUGCAACCCCUGACACCCGGGAGCUGGAGUACAAUGAGAUCAAAACUCGGGUGGAAUUGGCCACGGGGCGGCUAGGACUCGGGAGGACUGCUCAGGAGCAUAGCUUCCCUCGAAUGCUACACCAGAGAGAACGGGGCCUCUGCCACCGGGGAAGCUUCUCCCUUGGAGAACAGUCUCGAGUGAUGUCUCACUUCUUGCCCAAUGAUCUAAGCUUCACUGAUACCUACUCUCAGAAGGCUUUCUGUGGCAUCUACAGCAAAGAUGGUCAAAUCUUCAUGUCCGCUUGCCAAGAUCAAACAAUCCGACUGUACGACUGUCGGUAUGGCCGCUUCCACAAGUUUAAAAGCAUCAAGGCCCGGGAUGUAGGCUGGAGUGUCCUGGAUGUGGCCUUCACUCCUGAUGGAAACCACUUCCUGUACUCCAGCUGGUCUGACUACAUUCAUAUCUGCAGCAUCUAUGGGGAAGGAGACACACACACUGCCCUGGAUUUAAGGCCAGAUGAACGUCGCUUUGCUGUCUUUUCCAUUGCUGUCUCCUCAGAUGGACGAGAAGUACUAGGAGGAGCCAAUGAUGGCUGCCUUUAUGUCUUUGACCGUGAACAAAACCGGCGUACUCUUCAGAUUGAGUCUCAUGAGGAUGAUGUGAAUGCAGUGGCCUUUGCUGACAUAAGCUCCCAGAUCCUGUUCUCUGGGGGAGACGAUGCCAUCUGCAAAGUGUGGGACCGACGCACCAUGCGGGAGGAUGACCCCAAGCCUGUGGGGGCACUGGCUGGCCACCAGGAUGGCAUCACCUUCAUUGACAGCAAGGGUGAUGCCCGGUAUCUCAUCUCCAACUCCAAAGAUCAGACCAUUAAGCUCUGGGAUAUCAGACGCUUUUCCAGCCGAGAAGGCAUGGAAGCGUCACGACUGGCUGCCACACAGCAGAACUGGGACUAUCGCUGGCAGCAGGUGCCCAAGAAAGCCUGGAAGAAGUUGAAGCUCCCAGGUGACAGCUCCUUGAUGACCUACAGAGGCCAUGGAGUGCUUCACACUCUGAUCCGAUGCCGAUUCUCCCCAGCCCACAGCACGGGCCAGCAGUUCAUCUACAGCGGCUGUUCUACUGGCAAAGUGGUUGUAUAUGACCUCUUAAGCGGCCACAUUGUGAAGAAGCUGACCAAUCACAAGGCCUGUGUGCGUGAUGUCAGUUGGCAUCCCUUUGAAGAAAAGAUUGUCAGCAGUUCGUGGGAUGGGAGCCUACGCCUGUGGCAGUACCGCCAAGCUGAGUACUUCCAGGAUGACAUGACCGAGUCUGACAGGAACAGAGUCUGUUCCAGUGGCCCUGCUCCGGUGCCCUGCCCAUCUGUGGCCUUUUCCUCACCUCAGUAGAUCUGACCUCCAGUUCUGUGUAGGGUGAAUUCUCAGCAUAUUCUCUGCCUCCUCCUUCCUUUCCCCAUUUGGGGAGUAAGUGGAAGAACUGCUGACACUGGGUAGUGAGAGACAGAAACCCAGAGUCUGGGCCCAGGCUGAGCCUGGACUACCCGUCCCCAAACUGGGCCAAGUGGUUUCCUCAUGCAUUCAUACCCAGUCUGCUUGGAUUUCUAUCUCUAGCCAGAAUGUGGCCGGACAUCCAUUAUCUGGGGUGCAGCUUCUGCCAACAAGAGUCUUGAGUGUUUUAAUCAUGUUCUGAUGUUAGAUAUGGCUCAUAGUGUAGACACGAGGUCUAAAUAGACCCAUUAGCCUUUUGCCCAGGUCUUCACACCAAGAGUUAGAUUGACCAACCAGGGCCCAGUAUACUGGCCUUUCUUUCUGAGAUCUUUGAGGGAGGACAGGGUGGGCAGGGACGUGUUUCCUCAGCACCCUCUGGGGUAGGAACUGUGUCUGCUCUCAUACUUGGCCUUUGAAGUGAAGAGACUGGUCUGAUGUGUGGGUCUCAGAAGCUCCGCAGGGCCCUACUUGCCAUUGGAUCCUGUCUUUGCUGGUGGCCAGCAGCUUCAACAAAAGAGGAUAAAACAGGACUUCUUCCACCUUUUCACUGGCUGUGGCUCUCCCAAUAAACUGUCUGUGGGAAA